AUGUCGGUGCAGUCGAAGGUUGCUCCCCCUGUCAAGUUAACGCCCUUCGGUCUGGCGCUGGCUGCCGGUGCGGGGUUGAGACUGACUGGUAUCUUUUCGCUCAGUGUGGUUUAUCCCCUCGAUGUCGCCAAAACCCGAAUACAGGUCUCUAAGGGCAAGAGCAAGGACGACGUCUCCAUGAUUACUGUCCUCGGCCGGAUAUUCCAGAAGGAGGGAGUCGCUGGAUUUUACAAAGGCUUCUGGGCAACGAUGCUGAACACCUUCUCGCAACAAUACGCCUACUUCUUCUUCUACUCUUUCGUACGGACAUCCUACAUUGCUCGUCUGAGUCGCAAACUCCCGGCUGGAGCUGCCCCGCCCGCACUCUCGACAGCCGCUGAACUCCUCCUCGGAGCCAUUGCUGGAGCUUUGGCUCAGAUUUUCACUAUUCCCGUUUCGGUCAUUGCGACCCGGCAGCAGGUUGGGCGGCAAAACAAAACUACUGCCAGUACAGAGGCUUAUGACGACUCUUUCCUCGGUGUCGCUCGUGAAAUUGUCGAUGAAGAGGGUGUUGGCGGUUUAUGGCUUGGAAUCAAACCGGGCUUGGUUCUAACCGUGAACCCGGCAAUCACGUAUGGUGUGUUUGAGCGGGUCAAGAGCAUUUUCCUCGCCGCGCAAGCAAAGGCGGGAGGCAGCGAGAAGCUUUCUGCGGGGACGUCCUUCCUUAUCGGCGCGGUAAGCAAAACGCUGGCGACAGUGGUCACUUAUCCGUAUAUUAUGGCCAAAGUGCGCGUUCAAACGCGCAGCGCUGACGCCGAUGAGGCGAAAGAGCAACACCUUUCCCCUCCAGUUUCUCACAAGCCACAUCAUUCUUCGAAAUUAAAACAUCCUGGAGCUCUAGAUAUUCUGGCACGUGUAUUAAGGACCGAAGGUCCAGCAGGGUGGUAUAGAUAUAUCAUUAUCGUGUUUGUUUACGCGUUGUUUGGCGUGAUGGCUUCACCCAGUACACCACAAGGCAAAACCGCGUUUGAGCCAAGGACGCCUGCAGCGCGGCUUCCCUCUUCUACCAUAAUCCAGUCGUCGCCACACUAUACGACGACUCGGAGACACUCGCUGUAUGGUGUUGAAGACCGAAUCAUCAUUGACCCUGGCUCACGAAUUUGGAAAGUUGGAUUCAGUGGCGAAGGCCGGCCGCGAGAUGUCUUCUAUGCUGGAGGGGUGAACGAGAAACCGUUGUGGACACUUGGACUCGGGUCGGACUCCGCUGAGGAAGUUGAGAAGGAGCGUGUUCUCGAGAUUAGGCUUGAACACCAUUUGCGCUCCGUCUUCCAUGACUCUCUUUUGACGGACCCCAAAGCGCGCAAAGUCAUCGUCGUCGAGCAUGCGUUGCUGCCGCUGUACAUCAAGGAUAUAAUGGCCCGCAUACUCUUCAACAACCUACAAGUCCCCUCUGUCUCGUUUGCGUCCAGUCACCUGCUUUCGUUACUGGCAGUAGGCCGGAUAACGGGAAUGGUGGUUGACUGUGGCCAUCUGGAGUCCGUGGCACUUCCUAUUUUCGCCGCACGACCGAUGUACCCACUCAUUCGAACUACACCUCUUGCCGGUUCCCGACUGACCUCCCACAUUCGCGCGCUUUUACUUCUCUUUGGGACCUACCUACCGCCCCCAACAUCCCUGAGUGCAGCCGUCAAUGUCCCAGCAGCAAACCGCGCCUCGCGUGUCCCACAGGAAAUCCUCACAGACGCGUUAGUCGAGGAAAUCAAGGCCCGAUGUUGUUUUGUUGGCGAUGCACUCGGAAUCAGCCCAGCCGAAACGAGAGAAGCCACACCAGGCGAUGAACUUGGAUCGGAGAUGGACAUACCGCCACCAAGCGACUACACACAGUCGGAAUCGGACUUUUCCCUCGCAGGACGAGACAGCAAUUUCUCCUCUCAGCGGGCGUCGUCAGAAUUUUCGAUCAUCUCAAAUCCAAGGGUACCUGGCGUAGAUGCAAAUCGUGAAGGCCAUUUGCAAGCGCUAGAAACGUUGUACAAACGCCAUUCGUCGGCAACAGAGCUAAGAAUGCGUGUGACUCCUCCUGCCUCGCAGCCAUCGGGUACGGGACUGGGAACAUUGAUCAUUCCUGGUUGGGUGCGGGAGCGUGCUGCAGAGGUGUUAUUUGAGGGUGGAGAUGUCGAUGAACGGAGUCUUGCAGAAAUUAUUCUGGACUCACUAUUAAAGGUCUCUGUCGACCUGCGCAAAACACUCGCAUCCUCAAUAUUGGUUGUCGGCGGGACUGCCAUGUUGCCCGGAUUUAUCCAAAGGCUACAACAAGAGCUGGCUCGUGCGCUUGCCCCGCCAACUUCACAUCGAGAGCGGAUGUUGCCUCAAUAUGAUCCAUAUGCCCCUCUCCGACCGCUCCUACCCUACUUUGCCAUUGUAAACAACCCCGCGCCAAACCAGACCAACUCUGCAACUAGGGCUGUUGCUAAUGCGGGGAAAGCCCCUGCCUUUACGCCUGCCACACUGGCCUGGAUUGGCGGGUCUCUCGCUGGUGCACUCAAAACGGGCGGGGCAGAAGUGAACCGUGAGCAAUGGGACAUGGUGGACUCGGCGAAUGAUCAAGGCGACGGGCCAGACGCAAUGGCGGUCGACAAUGAUCGGCAACAGCUCAUUUUGCCUGACUGGACUCGAUCUCCGUUGCCUGCCGGUGCCCCGCCUGCCAACCCUCCUCCGCUGUCACCCCAUAUGUCAUCGCCAGCACGGAUCGCCUCGCCUAGAGUUUCUGUAAAAGCAUAA